AUGAUGUGGCAAGGUGUCCAAACCCAUUCUCACUUCGUCAGUGUGCUUGCCGGAACUCUAGAAAUACUUAUACCACACAUCUCACCAGCGAAGACAGGCCAGGCCGGACCCAACGACCCUGACAAAAACAAGAGCGCAAAGCCUACCUGGGUCCACAGCAACAGGUUCGCCAACCGCGAGAUGGAAGACCUUGGAAUACAAGAAUCAACAAACGCCUUGGACAAGAAAGCCAAAACCCUCAAUAACGCGCCAGCUCUAGCUCAAGAAUCCGGUAAAACCGUCUAUGAAGUUGAAACCUCGAAUGAAGACGUGAUAUAUGCGGUCUAUUGCAUGCUCGAGGAUCAGGAUCGGAUUCAAGAUAAUAUCUGCCAAUUGUGGCAGGAUUAUUUCACAGGACAUGUCAGUCUGAUCACCGCCUCUGCCACCAGCAAUACUGUUAUAGAAGUGGUAUAA